GUGCUCAACUGAGCUGUCCACAUUCGAUUGGUUCCGUGCUUCAUGCUGUACAACUUGGCCGGGAUGUCUCAAGGACUUUCAUCAUUCAGUUGGUGUGGGGGUUUGAAAGCUGGGAAAGUUGGCGGUGGCUGGGGAACAGGAAUAAAUUCUCACACUUUCCCCGAAGAUCCACUCUCUUAUGCCGGAUAAGGUAUACAAUGCUUGAGUAAGAUUCGAACUACAGACCAGCUCCACGCAAUGGCGCAGUAUCAGCAUUACAUUCCUCAGUUUCUGUUGCGAAACUUUUCCCAUCCUUAUCGUCCUCUGAAGAGCAAGGGCGCGGAGAAGAGACAACGCGGUCGGGUAGAGAAGGGCAAGCACAGAGGAGAGAAAGUACUCAAUGUCGUGGACCUCACUGCUGAUGAGCCACGGAUAACUGAAGUACCUGUAUCUCGGUGGUUUGGGCAAGAGGAAAUGUACAGUGACAUCUUCAGUACUAUCAAGUCGAAGAAAGAUGUGGAGCAAGGACUCUCGAGACUCGAAUGUCAGACUGCCACCAUAUUGCAGAAAGUUAAGAAGGCGCACGAGAACGGCGAUCAGGGAAUCCGCCUUACGAGGAUAGAGAGGAACCAUCUACGCAAGUUUCUUUUUAUCAUGAAAUAUCGAGGACCAGGUUACUUUGAAAAAUACCUCUCUCAGGAUCCACAGUCAUACAACUCUGAGGAUAAACACCUUGUGAGGGAUUACAUGGUCGAAAAAGGCUUUGCCACACCAAGAGAUGUAUGGCUGCACAACAUCCGCACCAUACUCAAUCUUGAUAUGGAUGCCGAGGGGAGGUGGAGGACGAAACUGCAAGACACCAUGUUCCCCGCCGAUGCAGCUAUGUUUGUCUUCCACAUUGAACAUUCAUACAUUGCACUAUGCACUCCCGAGGAAAAUGGUGAUGAAUUCAUUCUCACGGACCAAGCCUAUAAUCUCUUCGAAGGACCCACCCAUAACACUUUCUGUGGUGAGACUCAUGAAUACAUGGGGGAGACAUAUAUGUGCUUUCACGAAUUUGCGCCUGUAUCUCCCCGGCUGAUGAUCGUCCUCCGCAGCAAUGUAUUACCCGAGGCACUGGAAGACAAGGACUCUCGCAAACAAAAGAUCCGCCAACGAAUGCAAAACAUGGCAGCCGCACUGUUUCCAGAGCCAGAGAAUGUCACUUCUAUUCUCGAAGAUUUACCUGUCGCAAAAGCCAUGAACUCCUAUUCGAGAGUAAUCAACGGCAAGCUUGAACUAGCGCCGGGACAGUCAGGAUCGUGCCAAUCUCGAGACACUUUUACCUUUCGAUUCUGGCCAAUCCCCACACGUCACAUGAAUAUCAUAAAUGCGAUAUUUUUGGAUAAUCUUCUGAUAUGCAAUAGCAUUGUUCUCAGCUCUAUCGUAGCCUUUCGCCAAACACUGGUGGCGUACAUGACUACCCAGGCAUGUGGGUUCAAAAGUAUUGGCGUGGGAGAAUAUAGGGCCAAAGCCACCCGCUUUGCCCGCUUGGAGAAAUUGGCCCUUGUGCUCAAAACACUAGGAGCCGAGAAUGUGCCUAUUUUCUAUGAUCAUACUGGAAUAGGAAAAUCAUUCACUUGUUCUCUUGACGACCAAUGGCUAGAAGUCGUCAAGAGAAUGUUCGACGGCGCUGAAAAUCCAUUCGACGAGGGUGCAGACAUAUUUUGGCAAACAUAUCGCUUACUGGGCGGAACAAACCAGACAUUUUUGAAAGACCUCGAGCAAUCAUGGAGGUUGUAUCAAUUACAAUCUCAGGUUAGCCUGUGGACUGUCGGCCUGGAGUCCAGGGUUCAAAAUAAUGCCUUUGCGUACGUUCUGGAUUUAAUUCUCAGACACCACCCUAAACGCGUUUGGUUAUACGUGAAACAUCGCAGAUGGAUGACGUCAAAAGAGUAUGCAAUGCAUCAGCACAGGUUUGUUGGCACUGGCCCCAUAUUCGCUGCAAAGACAGCAGCUUUGUUUGAGCCCCAAAGAGAGGACUUUGUUGUUCAAGCCAAUCAUAAUACUGACGAUGAUCGGUUGUGUCAUCUCAUUUACUUUUCUGGUGUUUUGCUGGACAUGUGGAGAUAAGUGUUGGGACCGAGCACAUGUCUGUUCAAUGUUUCUCUGAUGUUUUCGCUACGUCUGACUCGGUGACUUUUGGAAACCUUUUCUACUCUAGAGGCAGUCUUUGAUUCGACCAAAUAAAAUACAUUUGGCUCUUCGUUCUCUUAUUGCGAGACGUGUUGGUUCGGCUCGAUGAUGGAUGCCUUGACCGUUAAACUAACGUGACUGGAGCGUUGCAUAGAGAUUAUGUUUGCAGAAAAGAGGG